CUGAUGCUGAUGCAGUAUAUCAUAUAUAGAUGCAUACUAUCAGACUCUUCAUCCCUUUAUCGUUUCCCAUCCUACUGUUUCAGUGUUACAUUGGCAACUAUCGUGCGCACCGGGGGGCAGAAAGUGAAUAUCUCACAAGUGUUGGAUUCACUGUUAGAAGGUUACGACAAGCGCCUCCGACCUGGUUUUGGCGGUGAAGCUCUCACAGUGAACGCUGAUAUCAGUCUGAGGUCCAUGGGUCCCAUUUCAGAACUCAAUAUGAUCUACACACUGGACUGCUACUUCCGCCAGAGAUGGAUGGACCACCGUUUGGCCAUGAACGUGUCCUUGGAAAACCUGACCUUGGGCAUCAAGAUUCUGGAGCGGAUCUGGCACCCGGACACGGUCUUCUACAACGGUCAGAAGAGUUACCUUCACGCCAUUACGUCACACAACCGCUUCUUGAGGAUCGCCGCGAACGGCACGGUUCUGUUCUCGCAACGUCUGACGAUCCAAGCUACAUGCCGUAUGCACCUGGAGAACUUUCCUAUGGACAUUCAGCAUUGUCCUCUUCUCAUAGGAAGCUGUGAGUCUUUGCUUAACUUUUUCGUCAGAAGUUCUACGACUGUCCUCACAAUGACCAUCCUGGGCAUCGAGAACAAGAGCCAGCUGCCCAAAGUCUCUUACAUCACGGCCCUGGACGUGUACGUGGCGUUAUGCUUCGUGUUCGUCAUUGCCACCACCAUAGAGUUCGCCGUCGUCCAUUAUUUCACCAAGUUCGGCACAGGAGAGCCAAUGGUGCUGUCUAGUGAUGAGGACAGUUCUGUGGAAGAGAUCUCUGAAGACAAUACCAGCCUGGAUUCACUGACUUUGGAAAAUGGAAAGUUCAAAGUUCAUAAUUAUCCCUGGCCCCCAGGGGAGGUCAAUGUCAAGGUUGGGAUUUUAGCCAAGUUGUGUCACUGCCUCACACGAACCAAGGACGGGAGAGGCAGGAUGAAGGGGAAGCUAUCCAUGUUUAGCAACAGCGUCAGCCAAGUCGACAGAGCAGCGAGAGUUCUCUUCCCUUUGACGUUCACAGUCCUCAAUGUCAUUUAUUGUGUUUCUUAUUAUCUUUGGGCUUUUUCUGAACAGUAAAAGACUCGAACUGGAACUUAUUUUGAGUUGAUAUUGCCUUUGCAUGAUUAAAGACUUAGGAAGGAGUGGGUGGAGAGAGAAAGAGAGAGAAGAUGAGAGAAAGAAAAGAGAGAGAGA